AUGGAGGAUGCAAAAGGCAAAGAGUGGAACUCUACAGAGAAGCCAGAGUGUGUGACUCUUAAAUUUGAACCUGUGCCAUUAGAAACUGAACAACAGGCUUCUAAUGAACCAAGCACAUCAGCUUUGCCAAAAACCUCAGUUAAAGCCAUCAAAAGAACUCUGAAAGAAGAAAAAGCUUCCUGUUCACAAAAUGCACAAGGCAGUAAUGGGCAAAAAAGUCAAAAGAUUCCAGUUCCUCCACUACCAGAAAAACUGCCACCCAUUAACCUGGUUCAUCGUGACACUGUGCGGGCCUGGUGCCAAAAAUUAAAACUGAGCUCCAAAGGGCAGAAAUUGGAAGCAUAUAGAAGACUCUGUGAGCAUGCUUACCCAGAUCAAAAGUUAAAGGAUAUUCCUGCCACAGCAAAGGAAGCCAAGGUCCAGAUGUGGUUAAAAAAGAAAUCAAAUGUGUGCGUGGGGAAUAGGCCUCUGAAGACUGAGAAAAGGAAGAUCAGUUCUGCAGAGACUGAUUCUCCUGAAGUGGCUCCUCCCACUGAGGAGAUGGGGGCACCUGCCCUUGAGUAUACUCUCCCAGAGGAAGUUAAUCCAGCACAAGAGACUUGUGGUAUCAGGUGGUGUGUGGUACAUGGAAGAAGUCUCCCUGCAAACACAAAUGGUUGGGUUCACCUACAAUUUCAUGCCAGACAAGUCUGGGUUCCUGAAAAGCCAGGGAGAGUGUGUGCUCUCUUCCUGUUACCUGCCUGCAAUUUUCCACCUCCCCACCUG